AUGGCGGCGUUCGAGCUGGAGGCGUUCCCCGGGCGCACGCUGCACGUGCUGCUCUUCCAUGACGUCGCCAACUCCGCGGACUUGCUGAGUCAACUGCAGAGCGGAACGAUGCAGUCUGAAGUGGCUCUUCUCAAUGCCCGGCUGGUUCCUGGAACUUUCCCUGUGCUUGUGGCAGCACACAAGGCGCUGACGUCAGCAGCCACGGGGUCCCUCAAGUCGCGCACGCUGCACUCAGAGCUCGUAUUCAACUAUGCCGCUUCCAAGCAUAUCCGCGAGUCACUGCAGCGCUGUGGCGUGGCAGCCGGCACCUCCGCCCUGCUGGCUGCGCGAUUCGAUGCCACCGAGGAUGAGCUGGCGGCAGUGAGGGCACUCGUGAAGGGCACAGAGGUGGACCUGGCACAGCUUUCCACGUCAGCCUCUGAGGCUGAUGUCAUCAAGCACUUCAAGAUCGCGGCCCCUGAGAUGGCGGUGUGGUCGCUGGAGGAUGCCAUUGCGGCCCGCAUUGCCGUCCGGGACAGCUGCUGA